AUGAAUUGCUUCUAUAACGGAUGUUGUCAGUUGGCACUUGUUAUAUGGGCUAUCCAUUGGAUUUUAUUCUUCUCAAAGGAGUGUUUAGCAGCAGAGGAAAUUGAAUUACGUCUACGUAUGCGUGAAGAGAUUGCACCAUUUACACGUAUUGGUUCAGUUAUCACUAGCUUGCCACCUAAUUUACGUUCUCAAAUGCAUUUCUUAACUGAUAGUACAUUUUUUACUGUGACACCUACAACUGGUGAAAUACGUGUUGGUCGUUUAAUUGACCGAGAACGUUUAUGUCCUGAGUUUAAAUUUUGUUGCGGUGUAGUAAUAUGUGAACUGAAGGCAAGUAUCUUUGUAACAAAUAAGGCUGCUGGUGAAUUUGCUGCUAGUGUUCUAUUGAAAGUGGAAGUUCAGGACCAAAAUGACAACAGACCAACAUUUAGUUCACAAACUCAGACAGUCACAUUAUCUGAGGGUACAUCUGUUGGAACACUAACAAGCAUUAUUCCAGCAACAGAUGCAGAUAUUGACCCUGAAAAUCAGAUACAACGCUACACUCUUGUAGAACCCACAGGCACAUUUAAAUUAGAUUUGUCCGGUCUCCCUGCAGUUCGUUUAGAGUUGAUACGGCCUCUAGAUAGGGAACAAGUGGCCGAAUAUAAGGCAAGCAUAGAAGCAUGCGAUCCUGGUGCAUGUGCUCGACAAACUUUAGAGAUUCAAGUGCUUGAUGAAAAUGAUAAUAACCCGAGUUUAGAAAACACUAGAUUCAACAGACGACUAAUUGAAAAUACAGCUGUUGGUGCUGUAGUAUUAAAACUUAAUGCUACUGAUCCUGACUCUGGCGAAAGGGGUCGCGUUUUAUAUAAUUUUCAGGGAAAUGUGGAUCCUGAUUUGACUGAGACAUUUGAACUUGUCCGGGAUACGGGUGAAAUUCGACUGAAAAGACCACUAGCAGCAAAUAUACGUGACAGUUAUGAGUUUAAAGUUGUUGCUUGUGAUGCUGUGAAUCGUGCAUGUACUGGCAAUGAAAAUUCAACAGCUGACAUAACAUUCACUGUGCAAGACGUGAAUAAUUUUCCACCUUCAAUUCAUGCGGUUGCGGCUGGAGCGGCACUAAUUACCAGUACAAGCGAUCAAACCAAAGGAAACAAGCCAGAGACAAGUGAAUCCAAUGUAAAAUCUUUCGAUGACUCGAAGUCUAGCGAUGGUCUGAGUAUCUUAGAGAAUUCACCACCCAGUCAAAUAGCAGUUUUAACAGUUCGGGAUGAUGAUACAGGUGAAAACUCCAAAGUUUCUUGCUCUCUAAAUGAAACAAAUGAUAACACAGCAACAAAUGGCAGAAAAAAUACACAAGACUUUAUACUCACCCCCAGUGCUCCAGGAAUUUAUUCCCUACGCACAGCGAGAGUAUUUGAUUAUGAAGUAGAGUCGAUGGUACGUACAACUAUUGUUUGCCAUGAUUAUGGUAAACCACAACAACUAACUUCUGUAAGAGUAAUCACUGUACAAAUUGUAGAUGUCAAUGAAUUCCAACCUGAAUUUUCUCGUCGGGUAUAUGUUGGUAGAGUUCCUGAGAAUGCACCACCUGGAAUGGAUAUUCUUACUACUACAGCAAUAGACAGAGACAGAGCAGCGGUAUUAAGUUAUAAAUUCGCUGCAUUACCAUCCACCGAAGCAUUAUCACAAGAAGAUGGAAAGGAUAUCUCGAGUCUAGAUGGUCUACAGUCAGACGAUGGGGUUAAUCAAUACUUUAUCAUUGAACCAGAAACUGGAAUUUUGCGAACCAGUCAAAUACCAUUAGAUCGCGAAAAAAUUGGAAGUAUAACGUUAGUCGUACUUGUAACAGAUUCAAGUUCACCUCCUAUUUUUACAGCCACAACAACAGUAUCUAUCGAAGUACUAGACGAAAAUGAUAACGCUCCUGUAUUUACCAAUCCACCGACAAGGUCACCUGAAACGACUCAAAGUGACAGUAGUAAAUUCGCUUUUACAAUAAUGGAAAAUGCACCACGUUUUACUCAGUUAAAUCAGAAGCUAGAAGCAAGAGAUCCAGAUCAGGGCGAUAAUGGACGGGUGCAGUUUUCGUUACUAGCCACAUACGCCCUCACAAAGGUGUCAAGACGCAAUCAAUUCAUUGGAUCUUCUCCAAAUAUGUUGAGUGGCUUUGAACAAUUCAGUGAAGAUCUUAACUCAGAUCUUAAUAGUGAAGCUGGAAUGACACGUCAUGUAGUUGAUCAGCCUAUAUUUCGAAUUACGCCCAAUGGAGGGAUUGAAACACUAGUAGAGCUAGACAGAGAGACAGUACCUUCAUACAUCCUUAAAAUCGGUGUUCGUGAUCGCGGUGCCCAACCACUUGCAAGUACAACAAUGCUGAGAGUAAAUGUACAAGAUGCAAAUGAUAACGCCCAGGGUGAAACAAUCGAUGGGGUCAGCCUUGAAGAAGGCUUACUUAAUGUUCUCAAUCCUCCUAAACCCAGAGUAGUUAAAACGGUGAAAUAUGGUCAGAAGUUAGCCUCAAAGGUAGAAGAUUUAAAAGGUUAUCGUGCAGGUCCACUUUAUUUAAAUGGAACGACGGGAGAAAUAUGGGUGGCGCAAACGCUGUCAUCAGGUACAAUCAACCUGCAUUUACGUGCACAAGAUCAAGGAACUCCCCGUUCCCAUACAGAUGCAUGGUUGACAAUAAAUGUUUUCAUUGAUCCUAGCGAAAGCAUAGGAUUUUUAAGUUUUGGUGGCGAUGGUACAUUAAAUGUAACAAUAAUUCUGGCUAUGAUAACUGUGACGGCUAUUAUAUCACUGUUCUUGAUCAUUGGAAUAGUUUGUGUUCGACGCAGACCGACAAGAUAUGCUAUGGCACGCAACGUAAAUGUCACUGAUGGAACCGUUUCUCCAGGGAAUGCAACUACAACCUUCUCCAUGGAUAUGACAAAAGAUACAAUGUCAACAAAUAUCAAUGGCGGUUGGUCGUCGCCUGUAGGAACAUAUGGUCCAAAUCACUUUACACCUGGACAGCCUAAUGCUGGAGGUGCAAUCAUGGAAGAUGGUCAAAUGUUUACUGCACUUUAUGGGCCUGGAGGGAUGAUGGGAUAUGGAGCUGUUAUGUCACCAAGUGAUACAACAAGCAUGAUUUAUAUUCCACAGGCGCAAACCACGCCAAAUAUGAUGGGGUCUAUGGGAGGUUCAAUGACACCAGUUCCAGUUGACAUCACACCAACAAGCCCGGACUAUCAAUCUCGAAAUCAGAUGCACACAUUUGGGACGUUGACACGAACACGUGGUUCAGUUGGACAAGCUGCACUUGCAGCAUCAUCCGGUUGUGCUUUAGCCUACGAACCUCAUUUAGAUGCAGAUAGCGGUGACUCUGGGAGAGGUCCAUCUGAGGAGGGCAACCAGUUUUUAUUAACAGACAAUUAUCGAAAUGGGAUGAAUAUAUCUGGACCACAUGGAACAUACCAAUACAACACAUAUUCCGGAUAUCGGCCAACCAGCAGAAUGGGUACUACAGAAAUCCUGGUUUAG